AUGAAAAACGGACACGGAAACCGUCGUGCGCAGACUCGCGAAACACUCCCGACCAGCGCCGAUGCAGACGCUCGCCCAGUCAUGACGAGCAAUAACGUGCCGCGGCCGGCUCUCGCGGCUCCCGCUGCGGACAACGGAAACGACGGCGCCGCAGCCACCGCCGCGUCUGGCGCGCACCCGGCAUCGCCAGGCGUUCACUCGUCUGUCUUUGCGUCCCCCAAUCGAAACUCGCGCGAGGGCGGUAACACGGACAGUGGAUCGGCCUCAACCUCGCUGUUCCUUCACACCCCGAAAGGCCCCACCACCACCACCUCCGCCUUCAACGCGGCGGACUUUCCGGAGAACCGCCACCCCACGUUUGAAGCCUCGCGCGAGGGAGGCGGUGAGGAGGAGAAGGUGAUCGUGGUGCCGGGGAAACCGUUUGCGUCGGAGAAGGCGACAGCGACGGCGGCCGGAGAACCAGUGAAGCGGCGCCAUGCCUAUCGCACUGCGGAGGGGGCGGUGGAGAACGGUGGCCCGUACCCCGGCGCGGGGGUCGCCGACAACGGCAGCAACAACGACGCUGGUGGUGGUGGCGUUGCGGCCACGGUGAACGACGACGACGAUGUUGACUGCAGCACCACGCGCACUGGCGACAGUGGCGGCGGCGGCGGCGGCAGCAACGACAACAACAAUCGUCACCACCUCCGCUUUUCCGAGUCGUUCCGGAAUCAAUCCUACGUGCGGGAGCUGCCAGACCACCUGAUACCGCUGGCACACGAGAUCCACCAGCUCGACGAGGACGAUCUCGCCUACAUCUCGGACGUCACGCACACCAUGGCGAACCGUGAUCUGUACUCCCUGCUGCCCUACACCGGCAGCAACUGGUUCCUCCCGUCCAUCCGCGAGUGCGAGGACGACGAGCGGCACUGGGAGAUGCGCUACACCUGGAAGGAGGGCCUCAUCAUCGCCAUUGGCGGUCGUCGCCUGUCCAUCCGCUUAUUGAACGUCUUCAUUCGUGUGUGCUUCAUGGUGUUGAUUUGGUUCAUGUUGUGGAACAUGCUGCCCCGCUGGCUCGUGGAGCCUGGCGGCUACGUCUGGGACCCGGCGGUGCUUGUCGUGGUGUCGGCCAUCGUCGGCGGUCUCGUCUGCCGUAUCAUCCAAAUGCCGCCGCUGGUGGGCGUGCUGUGGAUGGGCAUUAUGUGGAACAACAUCCCCCAUCUGAAGUACCUGACGCACGGGAUUGUGAAGGAGGUGUACGACAUCUGCUCCAAGCUGGGCCUCACCGUUAUCCUCGCCCGUGCGGGGUACAAGCUGGCGAUCAAGGAGAUCCUGCCGCACUGGAAGCAGACGGUGCUGCUCGCCACCCUGCCCUUCGCCUUCGAGGGUGUCGCGCACAGCCUCAUCGCAAACAAAAUUUUUGACUACAACGACAACUACAACUGGGCGUUUCUGCAGGGCAUGCUGUGCAGCAUUGUUUCCCCAGCCGUCGUCGUGCCGGGCAGCCUGUACCUGCAGGACCUCGGCUACGGGCGUGGGGUGGGCCCGCUCUCCCUCAUGCUCUCGGCCGUCGGUAUUGAGAUCGUGAUCGGGGUGUGGUGUGCGAACUUCAUCAUCGGGCUGAUCUUCUACGAUCAGAAGUUGGCUGUUGCGAUUGUGCUCGGCCCCGUGCAGUUCAUUGGCGGCAUCGCCAUCGGCGUCGCCCUCGGCGUCCUCUUUUACUACGUGGUGGAGCUGAUCAAGCAGGAGGCGGACCGCCUGCCCAACGGCAAGUACACUCGCGACCACCUGAACAGCUGCAUGGACUUCUCCUACAUCAUCUUUCUGUUUGCGUGCUACACGAUGGUGUUCCUCGGCUACAAGGUCAGCCUCGCUGGUGGGGGCUGCGUGAUGUGCGUAUUUUUCUCCGCCACGGUGGCGCACAUGUGGGCCCGCACGGGUAAAGCGGAGCACGAAGAUCACAAGAAGUACAUCGCGUCGUGGCUGGCCUUCACCUGGGACCAGGCGAUGAUGCCGAUCCUGUUUGCCACCAUGGGCGCGAAGAUCAACGUCAAGGCCAUCUUCAACGGCACCUUCUUCCCCAAGGCGAUCAUCUGCAUGGUGUGCAGCACCGCCGUUCGGAUUGUUGUCAUCUUCGUAAUUCAACUCGGCAGCGGCAUGCCCUACAAGGAGAAGCUGCUCGUCUGCGUCGGCUACUUGGGCAAGGCGUCGGCACAGGCCUCAGUCGGCCCCAUCGCAGCGAACCUCGUCGCCAACAUGAUCGCGGCACUCCCGGAUGAUCAGAAGCACUCCCUCGACAAGAUAGCGGAGUACGCCAACAACGUGCAGCAGAUCAGCGCGAUGUACGUCAUGUUCAUGGCCUGCGUCGCCUCUUUUGGACUCGUGCGCGGUGGGCAGCUGGUGUUAACGCGCGAGGGCGACGGCAAGAAGAAAAAGAGAAAGGGCAGCAGCAGCACGAUGAGUCAGCAGGCCACGGCGCGAGGGGCCCCAGCCGACACCGUCGACGGCCUCCCCGCAAAUGAAGCAGCGGUGGACGUCGGUACGGAUGGAAAGGCCACGCGUGGCACCGUCGAGACGAACCAACUCGUGCGCGACGGCAGCUUUUCUGGUCAUUCGGGUCGUGACAACGACCACCACGUGUCCUUCGCGAGCUUUGAGCCGUUAAACCACUACGACGCGGCGGACACGGACUCCCAUCGUGACCGCGUGCACUAG